AUGACUCACCACCAUCACCAUCGUCGAAACUCCAGUGCUCUCCCCGGCCGCAUGGGGCUUGCUGGCCUGACAUGGCUUUUCUGGCAUACCUUCGUGGCCAGGGCUGCCACCGUGACGUACGACUUCAACAUCACCUGGGUCACAGCGAACCCGGAUGGCAUGGCAGACCGACCAACAAUCGGCAUCAACGGGCAUUGGCCUAUUCCUACCAUACAUGUCAACGUGGGAGACCAGCUCGUCGUCAACGUGCUGAACUCUCUCGGCGACGUGUCCACCUCCCUUCACUUCCACGGCCUCUUCAUGCGCAGUGCCGCUCACAUGGACGGGCCAGUGUCCGUGACUCAGUGUCCCAUUCCGCCAGGAGAGCGCUUCACCUACAAUUUCACGGUCGACCAGCCCGGGACAUACUGGUAUCAUUCCCACAUCCACGGCCAAUACCCCGACGGCCUAAGAGGGCCACUCAUCGUCCAUGACCCAGAGACGCCCUUCAAGGACAUGUACGAUGAGGAGGUCGUCAUGACCGUGUCCGACUGGUAUCACGAGCAGAUGCACGGCCUGCUCAGCUGGUUCAUGAGCAAGGCCAACCCGACGGGAGCUGAGCCCGUGCCCAACUCGGCCUUGCUCAACGACACGCAGAACCUGACGGUCCCUCUGCAGCCGGGCAAGACGUACCUCUUCCGCAUGGUCAACAUCGGCGCCUUUGCCGGGCAGUACGUCUGGUUCGAGGGCCACAACAUGACCAUUGUGGAAGUAGACGGCGUGUACACGCACCCGGCCGAGGCAAGCAUGAUCUAUCUCUCUGCUGCUCAGCGCUGCAGCUUCCUUGUUACGGCGAGAAACGACACCUCGGCAAACUUCCCCAUCGUUGCCAGCAUGGACACCGACCUGUUCGACAAACUGCCGGAUGAUCUCAACUGGAACGUGACGGGAUGGCUUGUCUAUGACUCGGCACAGCCACUCCCAGGCCCAGCCGUUCUCUACGAUCCUUUCGAUCCCUUCGACGACAUGGGCCUCGUACCCUGGGACAACCAGACCCUCCUCGGCGAGCCAGACCAGACCAUCUCGCUUGACGUGAUCAUGGACAAUCUCGGCGACGGCGCGAACUACGCCUUCUUCAACAACAUAACUUACGUCGCACCCAAGGUACCCACGCUCUACACCGUCCUCACCGCUGGCUCGUACGCGACAGAUCCAGCAGUGUACGGCACGUACACGCACCCCUUUGUCCUCGAAAAGGAUCAGGUGGUCGACAUCGUGCUCAACAACCUCGAUCCGGGCAAGCAUCCCUUCCACCUGCACGGCCACGCCUUCCAGGUCAUCUGGCGGUCCCAGGACGAAGCGGGCACUUUUGCCGACUCGAAUGUGACGGCGGCGGAUUUUGCGAGUGUGCCGAUGAAGAGGGAUACCGUGGUGCUCAGGCCGAACGGGAAUAUGGUGCUGAGAUUUAAGGCUGAUAAUCCCGGAGUGUGGCUCUUCCACUGCCACAUUGAAUGGCAUGUGCAGUCAGGCCUCAUGGCGACGUUUGUCGAGGCGCCGAUUGAGAUGCAAAAGACUCUCACCAUACCGCAGGAUCAUCUUGCUGUUUGUGAGAAGGCGGGUGUGCCGACGGCGGGGAAUGCGGCGGGGAAUAGCGUGGACUGGCUGGAUUUGAAGGGGGAGCGGACGCCGCCUGCCAGGUUGCCCGAGGGGUAA